UUAGGCCAGAAAUGUGCAUACAGGAGAGUUGGCUGCAGUAAAAAUCAUUAAAUUGGAGCCUGGAGAUGAUUUUUCUUUGAUUCAACAAGAAAUAUUUAUGGUUAAAGAAUGUAAACAUUGCAAUAUCGUUGCCUACUUUGGGAGUUAUCUCAGUCGGGAAAAACUAUGGAUUUGUAUGGAAUACUGUGGUGGUGGAUCACUUCAAGAUAUUUACCAUGUUACUGGACCACUAUCAGAAUUGCAAAUAGCCUAUGUGUGCAGAGAAACUUUACAGGGUCUUGCCUAUUUACAUACUAAAGGCAAAAUGCAUAGAGAUAUCAAAGGUGCUAAUAUUUUAUUGACUGACCAUGGUGAUGUAAAAUUAGCUGACUUUGGUGUGGCUGCAAAAAUAACAGCUACCAUUGCAAAAAGAAAAUCUUUCAUUGGUACCCCUUAUUGGAUGGCCCCAGAAGUUGCAGCAGUGGAGAAAAAUGGUGGCUACAACCAACUCUGUGAUAUCUGGGCAGUAGGAAUAACAGCAAUUGAACUUGGAGAACUUCAGCCACCUAUGUUUGAUCUGCAUCCAAUGAGGGCUCUCUUCUUAAUGUCAAAAAGUAAUUUUCAGCCUCCAAAACUAAAGGACAAAACAAAAUGGUCAUCAACAUUCCAUAAUUUUGUCAAAAUAGCACUAACCAAAAACCCCAAAAAAAGACCAACUGCUGAAAGACUUCUGACUCAUACUUUUGUUGGGCAGCCAGGUCUCUCUCGAGCCCUAGCAGUUGAACUGUUGGACAAGGUGAACAAUCCAGACAACCAUGCACAUUACACUGAGGGAGAUGAUGACGACUUUGAGCCCCAUGCAAUCAUUCGUCAUACCAUUAGAUCUACAAACAGGAAUGCCAGAGCUGAACGGACAGCUUCAGAAAUAAAUUUUGAUAAAUUACAAUUUGAACCUCCUCUGAGAAAAGAAACAGAAGCACGGGAUGAAAUGGGAGUAUCAUCAGACCCUAACUUUUUAUUACAGUGGAAUCCUUUUGUUGAUGGUGCGAACACUGGCAAAUCAACCGCAAAACGUGCAAUACCACCUCCGCUACCUCCUAAGCCAAGGAUAAACAGCCACCCUGAAGACAACUUUCCAGAUGAAGAAAAAGCAUCAACCAUAAAACGUUGCCCUGAUUCAGAGAACAGAGCUCCCCAAGUUAUCAGAAGACAGAGUAGCCCAAGUUGUGGUCCUGUAGCAGAAACUUCCUCUAUUGGAAAUGGUGAUGGGAUUUCAAAACUGAUGAGUGAAAAUACAGAAGGAUCAGCACAAGCACCACAAUUACCACGAAAAAAGGACAAGCGAGACUUCCCUAAACCAGCCAUCAAUGGCCUCCCACCCACCCCAAAAGUGCUGAUGGGAGCAUGUUUUUCAAAAGUUUUUGAUGGCUGCCCUUUGAAAAUUAAUUGCGCAACAUCCUGGAUACAUCCGGAUACAAAAGAUCAGUACAUUAUUUUUGGAACUGAAGAUGGUAUUUACACACUGAAUCUCAAUGAGCUACAUGAGGCAACGAUGGAACAGUUAUUUCCACGGAAGUGUACUUGGCUAUAUGUUAUCAAUAAUACUUUAAUGUCAUUAUCAGAAGGAAAAACCUUUCAGCUCUACUCUCAUAAUCUUAUUGCUCUGUUUGAACAAGCUAGAAAACCAGGAUUAGCUGCCCAUAUUCAAACUCACAGGUUUCCAGACCGCAUACUACCAAGAAAGUUCGCUUUAACAACAAAAAUUCCUGAUACAAAAGGCUGUCAUAAAUGUUGCAUAGUCAGAAACCCUUACACAGGCCAUAAGUACCUCUGUGGCGCUUUGCAGUCUGGAAUUGUUUUACUUCAGUGGUAUGAGCCAAUGCAGAAGUUCAUGCUGAUAAAGCACUUUGAUUUUCCUUUGCCAAGUCCUUUGAAUGUUUUUGAAAUGCUGGUGAUACCAGAACAGGAAUACCCUAUGGUCUGUGUAGCUAUCAGCAGAGGCACUGAAUCUAACCAGGUUGUUCAGUUUGAGACAAUCAAUUUGAACUCUGCAUCUUCUUGGUUUACAGAAAUUGGUGCAGGCAGCCAACAGUUAGAUUCCAUUCACGUAACACAGUUGGAGAGAGAUACCGUUUUGGUGUGUUUAGACAAAUUUGUGAAAAUUGUAAAUCUACAAGGAAAACUAAAAUCGAGUAAGAAAUUGGCCUCUGAGCUGAGUUUUGAUUUCCGCAUUGAAUCUGUAGUUUGUCUUCAAGACAGUGUAUUGGCUUUCUGGAAACAUGGGAUGCAAGGUAAAAGCUUUAAGUCAGAUGAGGUUACCCAGGAGAUUUCAGACGAAACACGAGUUUUCCGCUUGUUAGGAUCAGAUAGGGUUGUCGUUCUGGAAAGUAGGCCAACAGAAAAUCCUACGGCACACAGCAAUCUCUACAUCUUGGCUGGACAUGAAAAUAGUUACUAAGCAACGGAAGCUGAUCCCAAAUGGCAGGAAAAUGAAUCUACUCUAUUGAAAGCAAAAGUAUUUUAAGGAAUGUCAGUACAAACUGCACUUUGGGUUGUAUCUCAAAUGAUCUGUACUUUAGGUAGAAUUCACUAUUUUCCGUAGCUGGAAACAGCUCGUCUAUCUUUUGCCACUGUGUGGUGGUUAUAUCAAGUUUGCUUAAUAAAAGCUGUGAGACAAAUAGUCAUCUAGUUCCAGGAAACACAGUCUUUUUAAAAAAAAUAAUAAUAAUAAUGUUUGUAACAAGGGUGCCAUGAAAUUUUUAGAUAACUCGUGAUGAUCUUAGGAGAGAUAAAUUUAGUGACCGCUUUGUCAUUUUAUACGUCUUAUUUCUUCUUAAUGAACAUAAUUUGCUAUAAAGAAUUAUCAACAAGCCUUUCACUUUUAUAUUGGCCAUUCUGUAUGUUUUUGUGAAAUAGAAUAUUUAAUCCUUAUUUAUUAAUCUCUUGCUGGAGUGGGGUAAGGGGGGUUGCAGAGCAGCUUAAAUGUUUCUAGAAUGUAUAAAGUUGUGUUUACCCUCUAAGAGUAGUACUUUGAGUGAGAGUUCAACACAUACAUACAAUUUUGUUUAACAAAAAUAUUUUAUAAUACAGUUUCUUGCGGAAUUACCUUAAAAGGGAGUUUCAUGUUUUCAACUAUAUGUAGUUGUAAGGGAUAUGUAGAUGAUAUUGAUAAUGGUUGAAAUAUUCUUAGAAAACGUGCGCAUGUCUGGGAGUGACUACCAUGUGUAUGUAUUCUUGACAAGCAGUGUAAUAUACCUGUGAUUUUUUUUUUUACAUUAGGGAUAAUGUAUAAGAAAUUAAUCUUCAUAUAUAUUAUUAGCCCUGAUGUAGGGGGAAAGUAUUUAACUGCCCAUGAUAUGUAUUUUACUUGUACUAUGUCAGAGGGGAAACUAUAAAAUAAUUACACAUGUAAUCUUGGGUAUUUCACUUCACUUAUGUAGGUAUUCAUUUUGAGUUCGGUCUAAGAAGAAAAAAUUCCUUAAAUGAAUUGAACUCCUGAUGGAAUAAAUAAAUAUUGUAAAAGCCAGUGUUCUAAAAAUAAGAAAAGAUAGGGUCAUUUUUGAGUCUGCUUUUCUCUUGCUAAUGCUAUUGUUAGUAUUCUGAAUUAAAGUAAUGCAUUGGUACUGUUGUCUUAAUGUAUAAAUUUAUGGAGAACAGUUAACAUUGAGAUGAUGAACAAGGGAUUAGCAAUAGCAAACUAUAGAAUUAUUCUGACUCAUUACUUGAGAGGAAAACAGCAUACAGUGAGUCUCCUGCAUAUGAACCUUAAAGUUCCAAGCUUUCUAAGAUGUGAAUGUGUGUUCGCAUGUCCAGUCACGUAACUUAGUUCACGUGUCUGGUGUACAGUGUUACCUGCAUGCAUCCUCUACAAGUGGUUAUGCUUUUUUGUACUUUACAGUACUGUAUGGAGUGCAGUAGCACAGUUUCUUUAUUUCAGCCCAAGAUGUACAGAAACAAGCGUAAAAGGCGUGGACAUGUGGCGGGUACUGAGUAGUCAAUUGUAUUAGUUGGGUACCCAGGCUAAUUUUUUUGGACUUGCAGACAGAUUGGACUUAAACAUGCUGUUAGAACUGUAGGGGACUUACUGUAACUGUCCCAUUCAAUAUUUAGUAGUUCUGUAAAAUAUUAUCACCAUCAUUUUUCAGAUAAGGAAAUAAGGGUAGAGCAAGGUUAAGAGACCUACCCAAUUCACACCGCAAGAUAGUGGUUGAGCCAGACCAUGAGUCAUUUGACUCUGUUCUUGUCACUAUGCAAUAUGCAAACAAUAAAAUGUUACACAAAUAAAA